ACUGUCACAGACAGCAGGUUAUGUUUUGUGAUAGUAAAAAUUAAUAAAUAAAUUUUAGUAAAUAAUUAAUUUGAUUUUACGUGUCAGUUUUUAUCGUAUCAAAUAUAAUCUUAAUUUUGAUUAUGGAAUUAAUAAAAAAAGCUAAGAUUGAAAAUGUUAAAAUGUUGGAUCGAUACAACGUUCGAAAUCCAUCACAAGGUACACUGUAUAUAACAACAACUCAUUUAAUAUUUGUCGGACCGGAUUCUAAAAAAGAAACAUGGAUACUCCAUUGGCAUAUAGCAACAAUAGAAAAAUUAGCUUUAACAACAACUGGCUCACCAAUACAAAUUCGUUGUAAAAAUUUCUUAUCAGUAACAUUUGUGGUACCACGUGAACGAGAUUGUUAUGAUAUUUAUUUAACACUACAACGUUUAUCUCAGCCAUCAAAUAUUGAAGAUUUAUAUUGUUUUUUUUAUACGUCAAGUGAUGAAGAUAUACCACAACCAGCUGGAUGGAAUUUCUUCGAUUUACAAUCGGAAUUUUUACGUAUGCGUGUACCAAAUGAUCAGUGGUGUAUGACGUUAACCAAUAAAGAUUAUGAUCUAUGUGAUACAUAUCCACGGUAUAUUUAUGUACCAACAUCAGCAAACACAACAGUUUUAAUUGGAAGUUCCCGAUUUCGUUCAAAAGGACGUUUACCUGCACUCACAUAUUUACAUCACAAUAAAGCAUCAAUAUGCCGGAGUAGUCAACCUUUAUCUGGAUUCAGUGCACGUUGUCUUGAGGAUGAACAAAUGUUAAAUUGUAUUUUACGUACAAAUCCAAAUUCUAAAUUUAUGUAUGUGGUAGAUACGAGACCAAAGAUAAAUGCAAUGGCAAAUCGAGCAGCUGGCAAAGGAUAUGAAAAUGAAGCAUUUUAUGAUAAUAUAAAAUUCCAAUUUUUGGGUAUUGAAAAUAUUCACGUGAUGCGAAAUAGUUUACAAAAAUUAUUGGAAACAUGUGAAUUAAAAAAUGCAACAAUGAGCAGUUUUAUUGGUGGAUUAGAAUCAAGUGGAUGGUUGCGACAUAUAAAAGCUAUUUUAGAUACAUCUUGGUUUAUAGCGCAAGCAAUUGACGAAGGUAUCAGUGUGGUUGUACAUUGUUCAGAUGGAUGGGAUCGUACCGCACAAGUUUGUUCAAUAGCUUCGUUGUUAUUGGAUCCGUAUUAUCGGACCAUUCAAGGUUUUCAAGCUCUUAUUGAAAAAGACUGGUUAGCCUUUGGACACAAAUUUACUGAACGUUGUGGUUUUAUACAAGGUGACUCAAAAGAAGUUUCACCAAUAUUUACACAGUUCAUAGAUGUAACUUGGCAACUAACACAGCAGCGACCAUCUGCUUUUCAAUUUAACGAACGUUUUCUACUGACUUUGCAUGAUCAUGUCCAAUCAUGUCAAUAUGGUACAUUUAUUGGAAAUUGUGAAAAAGAUCGAGUGGAUUUAAGACUUGCAGAACGAACUUUUUCAUUAUGGGGUUAUAUGGCGAAUCAUAUGAAUGAAUAUAUGAAUCCAUUAUAUAAUUCCGAUGAUGUUCCAGGUGUGUUUAAACCAUGUCUAGCACCUCAAACGAUUCGAUUUUGGAGAGGAAUGUAUAGUCGUUUUGAAACUGGAAUUCAUCCACGUGAACCAAUUAAUGAUCUAUUAUUAGCUACGUGUGAUCAUAGCAGUUCGUUGGAGGAUCAUAUACGAUAUUUAACCAAAAAAGUGACAUCUUUAAAAUCAUUAAUAUCCAAAGCAAGUGGAAUGCGAAAAGUCAAAUCACCAACAAACUCAAAUAUUUCGUCACCGGAUCCAACAAAUGCAAUUGAUAAUAAAACAUUAUAUGAAAAAUCUACCUUAGAAUCAGCAGAUGAUUCACAUCCAUUAAAAGUAACAUCAGAUUUAAAACAAGAGGAUGCGGUUAAUUCAAAUCAUGUUAAUUCACCAGCUAUGGAUCAAAUUACCGAAGAAUUAGAAUCAGUUGCAUUAGAUUGGAAAACGCUUCGAAACGUUAAGGAAUGUGUUUGCACAACACCUUUUGAUAAUUUUAGCCGCAAGCACCACUGUUAUAGAUGUGGUGACGUAUUUUGUACACGCUGCAUAGACAAACAUCAUACAUCGUUACCAGGGCAUCAUAGUCAACGUGCUGUUCCAGUAUGUCGACCAUGUUAUCAAAUUAUUACACGAUCUGAAUCGAUUGAAACACCAGAAUAAAAGAAAUAUUUAACAAAACUUUGUGUAUAAAUUGUACUUCAUACGCUUUUUUGGUUUUAAACUAAAAAUUUUAAAAUGUUAAAAACAUAAUUUUUACAAUAACAGGAAUUUUUUUUAAAGUUUCGUCUAAAUCAAUCUGGGAAAAGUGAUUGCCAGUAAGUUUACGAUCGGGCUUAUAUAAAGAGGAAGCUGGUUCAGAAAAGUAUAGUUGACUCACCGUUUCAGAAGUUUUGAUUUUGGAGAAAUUUUAAAGCUGUAAGUUAAGGCAGACCCUAAUGCAAAAUAAAUUGAAUAAAAUAAAUCACAAAAAUGUUUUGCGAUGUAGAUUUAAUUUUUUUCCCAUAUUUUUGUACGUUGAAGUAUGCUUAAUUUGAAAAUACUACGGGAAAACAUCACAUUAUACUUGAAAAAAUAUUGAGGAAAUUUACUGAAAGCUUAUAAUGAGUUACAGUAUAAUACAGGGUGGCGCAAAGUGAUCUUUAUAAGAAUUAUUUUUUAUCUAUAUCGAAUUCGUGGGGAAUAUUUUAUCUCAUACUCUUAACCUAUACUUCAGGUGUUAAGGUCGCAAUUCAUUGUUUUUUAUUUUUUUCUUCA